UCCAAGAUCACAGCCUCACGCAAACUCUUGUUGAAGAGUUUGAUGCUGGCAAAAGCAAAGGAGGAGUGGGAUCAGGAGAUCGUGGACAAGCAGUCAGAGAAGGAAAGAUACCUGUCAGAGCGGAUCACCCCGCUGCGCACCAGUGGGCUCUCCUUGAGCCAGCUCCAGGACCUGUGCAGAGAGCUGCACGAGAAGGUUGAAAUCGUGGAUGAAGAGAGAUAUGACAUCGAAGCAAAGUGCAACCAUAACACUCGGGAGAUUAAAGAUCUGAAAAUCAAAGUGCUUGAUCUCCGAGGAAAGUUCAAGCGACCCCCCCUGCGGCGAGUCCGCGUCUCUGCCGACGCUAUGCUGAGGGCUCUGCUGGGCUCCAAGCACAAGGUGUCCAUGGAUCUGAGAGCCAACCUGAAGUCUGUCAAGAAGGAGGACACGGAGAAGGAGCGCCCCGUGGAGGUGGGUGACUGGCGCAAGAACGUUGAAGCCAUGUCCGGGAUGGAGGGAAGAAAGAAGAUGUUCGACGCUGCCAAGUCCCCCACGGGCCAGUGA